AUGCCGUCACACCAGGCGCUCCAGGGGCACCUGUGGUGUGGCAUCUUUACCGGAGCUACCACACCACGGCGGAAGAGGAGGAAGGUUGCUCCGGUUACCCCGCGGUUGCCCAUACGUCUGCCAACCGCUGUGCAGACACCAUUGCAACCACCCCCGCGAUUCGAAUUCCCACCGUCUGUCCAACGCCACUUGCCCCAAGCAAUUGCAGACAUGGUUAGCGAGAGUUCCGGCGAGAGCUCCGGCGAUGAAGACGGGCAGCAGCAGCUGCUGCCGCAGCGAGGGCUUUCACCCGCGGACAGGGGUCUGCAGUGCCCGUUGAACCUCCCCGCUCCCAUCCCUUUCCUUUUUCCCAGCACACCGGGUGGAUCCCUGGUGCUUGAGCCCCCGCCACCACCACCAGUUCAACGACCCCGCCCGCAAACACAUGCCAGCACCAAGGUUUCGCUUCACCGAAUCAUCCAUAAUCAAGUUCAAAGGGAGCAAAGGGAGCGCCUGACAACAUUCAUCGGCAAUGUUCACAUCCUUGCGCGCCACACCAGCUUUUUUCUCAAGUACUACCUUGCUGAUCAUCCUCUACACGAUUUCCCGGACAUCACCGACAAGCACAUCAGUGUGAUAUUUGAGCUGCUAAACAAUCCAGGCUACAACGGCAAUCCGGUCAUCGCGCAAGAGUUGCAUCCAUGGGUUCAAGACUACUGUGAUGUUCACGGAUUCGCCCCCAUCCGCAUGCGGUAUUGCCAACAGACCGCAGCGUACACAGCUACGAGCAUCUUCACAAACCUCAAAGUUAACGUACAAGAGCAUUUCAUGCAAAUGUUUCUGCGCUACGUCAAUGAAAGGCUUGGUUUGAAGCAAGUUGUACUGCAUCUCCGUAGAGCUGGAGUCAACCGAGCGCAGCGGCAACACUAUUAUCAGCGUGUCCGUCAGUUUAAAAAGUAUGCGACGUUUGAAGAGUUUCCAACCGAAGAAGAGUUUGCGCGCCUCACACGACUUGAGCGGACCGUCCUCGAUGAGUUAUGGGCUCUGUUUCCUCCCCAGGAUGAACCGCUUGCAUACAGCCUUGCGUCCGCACCUGCCUCAUCACAGGUGCCUAUUUCAUCUGUUCGGAUCGACACGAAGAUCCUAACCACUCAUAUCCUGGCCUUGGGCCACCAUCGCAUGGGGAAACUCACCGAUCAACGCAAGCGGGAGCUGUGGGGGCAGUUUCUCAAUAUCAAUGACAAGGUCUUCAAGCAUCGAAAGAAGCUUGGUCUCAAAUUUGAUGGGUCAAUCAGCACAAACGGGUAUUCCGCUACCAUCCACUUCAAGAAGCCAGGGCUCAAGUAUGGGCAUCGGCCCUGGAAGCGCAGCAAGGCCCAAAUGCGGGAGGAAGUCAAGCUGCUGUAUUUUGAGCACCACAUCGCCAAACUACGGGAGGCUCCAAACAUCGUCAGCAUUGAUCCGGGCAAGCGUGACCUCUUGUUCUGCCGAGACAUCAAGAAGGAGCGGCCAUUUAGAUACACAUCCAAUCAACGGGCGGUCGAGACAAAGUCUCGGUACUUUCAAAGAGACAUGAGAGAGCGAAAGAUCAAUGCCGGCAUCGCUGAGAUGGAAUCACAUAUUCCAUCGCACAAGAGCAUGAACAUCGAGGCGUUCUCAGCGUUCAUUGUGGAUCACAUACAUGCAGAUCCCGCCUUGGAUGAGUUUUACCAGGAUGAGAUUCACGUCGCUCGCAGGUUCAAGGCGUUCUCACUGCGGCAAAAGUCUGAGAGCAAGCUCAUUAAGAACAUGCGGUGCCGGUAUGGAAAGCAUUUUUCGGUCAUCUUGGGUGAUUGGAGCGAUGCUGGGAAAACGAUGCGCUUUCAGGAGUCAUCGAAAACCAAGGGAUUCCGCACACUCUUUGCGAGAAACGGCAUUCCAUGCUACUUGCUGGAUGAGUAUCGAACGUCGUCCGUGUGCCCAGACUGCCACGGGCGUGUGAAGAAAAACAUCCGACGCCGGCUGUCAUCUCGGCCGUGGCAAGCUAGAAAGGAAGAAUGGAAUUCGUCCAUGGAUUGGUGGGUUGCCCCAACCCCGAAUGUAUCAACCAAGACUGGACGCCAUUUGAGAUUCCUGGAAGACAACGACCACUACGACUACGGAUGAGAGUGCACAAUCGGGACGUCCUGAGCACCAAGAAUUUCCUCUUCAUUGUGCGUUCGGUGGUGUUUGGCAAUGGCCGCAGACCAGACGCAUUCUCCCGUAACCGGUAGUCUAGAUUUCACCCCAUCCCAUUUUCCGUGGUGGUUAUCUGCCAUCCACAUCAUUGUACCUCUGCCUGAGGCGUCGCCGAUGAAGGCAACUUGUACGCAGAAUAGAGAAGCA